GGAAAAGCCGAUUUGGGAGCCGUCCAGCAACUUGUUUCGAGCUGACAUGACACAUGUGGCUGAGCCAGCUCCGAGAGCCAUUUUGCCCAGCGCAAGUUGAGCAGUGGAAGCAAGGACAUCCUGCCCGAUCAGAUCAUGCUAGCUCUGCUUUCGAAAUCGAGCCGCCUAAGAACACUCCAAGUGCAGGGCCAACUUCUGCUCAGACUUCCGCCCAGAGUGGCCUCUCGACCCCCAUCCAGAGCGGCCUGGCGCGGCCUCUCGACCCCCGCCCAGAGCGGCCAAACUUCCGCCAAGGGCCUCUCGGCUGUGGAGCCCAAGGAUCCGCCCGCGAGUGCCAUUCUUUUCCGGCACGGGCAGCCGGAUCUCCCGUCCGACCUGGGUCCACGGGAUCUUCCAAAACCUCCGGGCAAGGCACUGCCACGAAGGAUGCAGAGCGAGCCUCAAUCCGUGCAUACGCGCUUCGACCCCAAGAAGCUGAUGAAGGCUAUCUCUAAAGCCUGGGAGGUGUCGAACAAGUACGCCAUUGAGGACUUUGAGUCGGCGCUGCUGGUGGUUGUAGGCCAGCAAUCUGCUGGCAAAACCACCUUUGUGGAAAGGUACCUAAAAUUCGCCUUCAGCAAGGUUGCGCAAGGCCUGGCGACGCGGAGGCCCUCUGUGCUGACCUUGUUUCCGGGUAAAGGGACGCUCAUCAAGGUUGUGGAAGAGCUUCCUUCUGGCGAGAAGAGCGAGGAGAAGACCUUUCAGGGGGACGAUUCGGUGACGAAGCUCCAUGAGUGGAUGCGUGAGAAGAACGAUGUGGGCCAGCAGGGAAAGCAGGUGGUGAAAGAGCGGCUUUUCAUCACGAUUUGCACGCAGGAGUGCGACACUCCACGGCGCAUCAUGGACCUCCCCGGGCUCCGGGCUGCGCAAGAGAAGGGCUUCGAAGGUGUGAAUGAAAUGAUCCUGGCCAUGGUCGGGGAGGCUGUCCAGAAGACUAACACCGUAGUGGUGUGUUUGGCAGAUGCAGACCAAGACCCAGCCACCAACGCCAUGUUUGGGCUUUUCGCGCAGAAGGAUCUGAACAUCGGCCUGGAUCGUCGAUUCUUGGUUCUUACGAAGAGCGACAAAUGGUUUGCAAGUUGUGCUCCGGAAAACCUGCCGGAACGCAUCAAGGCACGCAUGGAGGAAUGCGACAGGAUGGAAGGAUGGCAGAGUGUCAAGCCCUUGGUAGUGGGAUACACCCACAAGCUUGACGAGAGUAGUCCGGGCCGGAGAACACAGCAGUACAAGGAUGCCAACAGGGAAGAAGACGAUCAGCUGGCGGACCUUUGCGCGCAAGUGAGCCAUUCUCAGGACGAGCUCCAAGACUUCUGGGCGCGGUGCGGAUUCAGCAAAGUGCAGCCCGUCAUCGAGCAGCGCGCUCUGAAGAUGGACAAGUCCUUGCUGGUGAACAUGAUAAAUCAGCUCAGUCGUCAUGAGGGCAAGCUCCGGCAGAGACUUCUCAAGAUCGACAACGAGCUUGGGAACCUGGACGCUGCAGAGCUAGGCAAGAAAAUAGAGCUGCUGUGCUCGAAGGUGUUGUCCGACAGCACGAACUUCCUAUCUCGAGUGCCUGGCCAAGCAUCGAGAAGCAUGUUGUCCGAGGUGGGAACUGUGGAGGAGUUUGGGCAGACUCUUCUCGAGGAGGAGGAGGGUUUGUCCCAGUCCCGGUUCGACUUUGAUGAUGCGGCAAUGGCCGAUGCCGCUUACGAGAAUGGCAUCAAGAUGAUCGACUACAGCCGGGCCGGUGAGCACUCAUCCUCCUCCUUCGACAAGUUUUGGCAGGAGAGUGCUCCAAAGAUCAUGGAGCGCGUGCGGGCGCAGGGGGAGAAGCUCCUGCCAGGUCCAGGUCUCGGGAGAGCCGGGGACUUUUUUGAGCACAUGGCCUUGGACUACCUGCGCCCGGAGGAGGCGGACAAGAUUCGGAUCUUGAAUGCUGACACCUCGGAUAUAGAGCAGCUGUUCCUCCCGCAGCCCAUAAGACAAGUGGUGCAGGUAGUGAAAAUCAAGGCCGCCACUAUGCGACCAGUUACGCUGUACUUUGUACAGAAGACGAGCUAUCUCAUGGUGGCGGGCCUGAGAUGUGCGCACCAGACUAUCUCAAAGAAGAAAGACAUGAAGGUGUUGAUCGAGAUGCUGGGAGGUCACGACACAGUUUUCCAGGCGAUGCGCAGAGGUUUUCUGGACCACCUUCUGGUGCAUGCAGACAACGCAUUUCAUCAGUCGAUUUCGGAUCAUGAGAACUGGAUUAACAGCAUCGGAGCGAUGCGGACAACGCAGGACGGUCUGCUUGCUCAGGGAGCCGCUCCACAGCAUAUGACCUGCAGUGAGGAGGUGGAGAAAGCGUUGAAGGACGGGCUCUUUAGGAGCCUUGGGGAGAACUUCGAGCAAGAGUUCCCAUCUGCUGCAGCAGGUCUGAAGGAGGGGCUGAAGAUCACAGACCAGACUGGUCAGCACGGAGGUGUGAUUGCGCUGGCCGCAAAAUAUGUGAACCGCAUGAAGAAGGAAGGCAUCCUGACGAUGCAGAAGCAGGAGGAAACUGCAGAGAAGCAGACGGUGGCGUCUUCCUUGAAUUUCCCGAAUCCCCAACGGCAAUAUGACUAUUACAUGGGCACGAUCACCAUCCUCUUAGCGCUCAGCGCCCCAGAAUUUGUGAAGAGCGUCAGGGUUCGCUGUCUUGGCGGCCUAGUGGGCAGUAUCCAACACCCGGACUACAGGAAAUCCUAUGAGGAGUCGAUGGCCAAAGCAGUCAUCAAGGCCUGCGUGAAUGAGAAGCAGAUGAAAGCAAAGGAAGAGGCCUUGAAGGAAGAGAAGAUCAAGAUCGAGGAGCAGCAGAAGGACUGUGCAGAAGUGUUGAAAGAACUCCGCUCCCUGUUGUGAUUUGGAUCAGUCCUCCAGGCCGCUUUUGCUGGCUUUGUUGUUGUUUGUGCCUUCUUGGACACUCU